AUGAAAUACGGACAAGAAGUAAAUCUUGCAGCACUACCUGGCACCCACACCCAGUAUGACGGCUGUGAAAUGACCGUAUUCACCAGGCCGCCGCCUAAAAGCAUUAAGAGUCCGGGCUUCAGGAGCAGGCGUCCAGACACCGGCGCGCCCAGAGGUGCCGGUUUCCAGCCACAAAAGGGCAGCCUGGGUCGGGUGUUUGGUGCUCGGUUUUCUGAGCUGCUGGGGGGCGGGGGUGGGUGCAGAGAAGGGCCGUUUCCUGGGCGUUUGGGGGAAGGACAAACGGCCGCUCCCCCACCCGGUUCGGAACACUCAGUCUCCAGUCCCUCAGGAAGGCGUGGUGAGACAGGCUGCCUCCAGGCCCGCGCGCUCCUCUCCAGGUGCCCGUCGUCCCGGGGCUCUUCCCGCGCGGCCGGACCCGCUGACUUCCCUUCCAGCCGAGGCGCCUCCUUCCGCUCGCGCCGCGCCGCGCGGCUCCGCUCGGACGUUCCCUGGGCGCGGGGCUGCGCGGACCGGCCCGAGGAGCUCCUGGAGCAGCUGUACGGGCGACUGGCGGCCGGCGUGCUCGGCGCCUUCCACCACACGCUGCAGCUGGGCCCGCGCGAGCAGGCGCGCAACGCCAGCUGCCCGGCCGGGGGCAGGCCCGCCGACCGCCGCUUCCGGCCGCCCACCAACCUGCGCAGCGUGUCGCCCUGGGCCUACAGGAUCUCCUACGACCCCGGCCGCUUCCCGCGGUACCUGCCCGAGGCCUACUGCCUGUGCCGGGGCUGCCUGACCGGGCCACGCGGGGAGGAGGACGUGCGCCUGCGCAGCGCCCCAGUGCUCGUGCCCGCGGUGGUCCUGCGCCGGACCCCAGGCUGCGCGGGUGGUCGCGCCGUCUACGUCGAGGAGUACGUCACGGUGCCGGUGGGCUGCACCUGCGUGCCUGGGCCGGAGAAGGAUGCGGACGCCGCCAACUCCAGCCUGGACAAAUCGGCCCGGCCCUGACCGCCCACCCGGGACCCCGGGCCCGAGGAAACGUGCCCAGCCGUGGACUGGACCAGACCAGACUGGACCUCGUGGUGGGCCGCCCCGGACUUCCUCUUGAGCAGGCGCGCAGGGCGGCCGGAAGGUGAUGGGGACUGAGCGGGGUGGCCCGCCUUGCCCCCAGGACCAAGGGAGGGGCGAGUCUCAGAGGACAGACGGAUGUUUGCAGUCUUUUUUUAAAAAGUAGAGUAAACCGUUUAUUCAGCUACUUUUUCAAUAGGGGCAGGAACAAAAUAUUUUCAUACUAGCCGUUUUGAGCAAGUAUAUUGUUUUUACCUGAUCUGUAAACAUUUUAUAAACAUUGUUUUCACUUGCUCAGCAGGAAUUUUUAGAAGCUCAGGUAGGCUGACUCUUGCUUUGGUUGGUCACCAGUGGACACGGCUGGACAGAACCUGCCCUCCCAAUGGGCAGCUCAGCUUACCCCAGUCUCACUUUUUUCAUGAGGAUAUAAAUCGCCACAGGUUUAUACAGGGAGAAAGCUUUUUACUUUUCAAAGUCAGGGGCCAGUUUAUGGACAAGAAGCAGUGAGGUCAGCGCGUGGCAUUCGAGAUCUGUGUCAAUUCCCAGCUAUCUGGCUAGUUUUAAGGGCUUCAGGAGCUAUUAAGUGCGCAGACUUAACAGUUUCCAGAAUGCCAAGAGUGGAGCCUCUUCUAGCACUGCAGCUAAAGCCCAGAACUAUUUGUAAACGUGAGACUCGAUUUAUGUAACACCUGUAGGUAGGUGAAGGGCAUGCUGGCUGUGGUUUUCUCUCUGGACUCGGCUUUGAUAGGCUCAACUAGUUCUUAGAGGAAACGAUGUUUACUAAGGUCUUAUCUUAAUUUUAUGGUUGAAGUUUUUAAGAGCAACUGUGAAUCAGUCUCUCUGUUUAUGUGCUCUCUUCCCCACUUAAAAUCAGCCUUGGUUUGAUCUGAAUGGAAGCCUUACUGAGAACUUCCAGUUUGUAUUAUAUAUUGACAGAGGUUGUACAUGAAAAACAUUGCUGAGCAAAAUUCAUAUUUUCCAAAUAAAAAUUCAGAACUGAAA